UGUUUCUAACUGAAUUCGAUGGAGUUCGUUGUGACGCGUUAUGACCGAACACACUGCGGUAACCAGGCGACAGAAAAGCGGAGGACUUCUCACUAUUCAUCUGAUCUUUCUAACUGAACACGGGGUGUUUGAGCGAGUUGACAGUUAUGACACCAUAUUGGAUAAGUCUUGAUUUGGCUACAGAUCUUCUUCUGGCUGCAGCUGGACUUGCGGUCGCUGCUGCAGGAUUUUAUUAUUUGGUGAAGAAGCUAAGAGAUGGACAGAAAAGAGCGGAGGGAUGUCAAAUGAAGACGGAUGAGAGGGACGAGGCGUCCGAGCUGGAGACGGAUGAGACGGAUGAGGCGUCCGUGCUGGAGACGGAUGAGAGGAACAAGGCGUCCGUGCUGGAGAAAAGACUGAGACAACUGGAGGAACUGAUCUUUGAGAUACAGAGAGAGAAUAAGAGAGAAAUUGAGAUCCUGCAGACUGCUCUUGCUGAAGCUGAGAGUAAAUAUGAGAAGGUGAUGAAGUCACAAGUUCAGGUAGAGAACGAGAACUUGGACCUGAUAUUCAAUAUACAUUUGCUGCAAGACACAUUGCAGGACUACAAGAAAGAGCUUCAUGCGGCAUACAGGAAGUGCAGCAUGUCACUGAUGGAGUACGAGCAGGAGAAGUUCACUCACAGUCUCUUACAGACAAAGUUCAAGAAGAUGGAGGGAACUUUGAAAUGGAGCAUUAACUAUUUGAAUGUAGUUGUGGCUGAAGCUCAGAGAAAAUAUGAGACGCUGCAGGACGUCAAUGCUGAGCUACGGGACGACAACAACGACCUGAUGUCUGCAUUCGACUUUGAACAGCUCUCUGAGCUAUACAGGAAGUGUGACAUCAUAAAUAAUGUAGUUGUGGCUGAAGCUCAGAGAAAAUACGAGACGCUGCAGGACAUCAAUGCUGAGCUACGGGACGAGAACAACGACCUGAUAUCUGCAUUCAACUCGCUGCAAGACACGGUGGACGAGGCCAAUGAAAAACUCAGUGAGGUACAGAGGAAGUGUGACAUCAUAAGAAAGGAGCGUAAGUGCGAGAUGGACUAUCACAGUAUGCUGAAGUUAGAGUACCAGGAGAUGAAGGAAUUUUUAGCAGACGAGGAGUCACUAAUGGUUCAAUUAUUGCAGAACAAGCAGGUCGCUCUGGUUGAAGCUGAGAAGAAAUAUGAGCAGGCGACGGUGUCCCAUGAGGCGACUAGAACAAAGAACUAUGAGCUGUUAUCUGAAUCGGAUGUUCUACAAGAUUGUGUGGACGAGUUGAAAGUAAAGAUUGUUAAGACUCGGCUCAGGACUAAAAAGUUAACGGAGGAUUAUCAGAAAGCACUGGAGAAUUUUAACAUCCUGAAUUCAGAGUGCAAGGAGAUGUUACAGAACUGUGAAAAGUUAAUCCAGGAGAUUGAUCACGAUCACGACGCUCACAUGAUCCUGAUAAAUCAGUAUAAUCAGCUGAAGGAGCUGUCUGUCCAGAUAUCCCAGGCGACCAAACUGCAAGCCUUUGUACAGACGCUGGAGGAAGAGCUCGAAGAUACACGCAGAAAAUGUGAUGUGUUAACGGCGGAGAAAGAGCAAAAGAUGGUGGCUGAAAAGUUCCAACAGCUGCAGUACAAAGAGAUGAAGAAAAAUUGUAAACGGUGUUAUGAGUUACUAAAAGUACGUUGUUUUUCUUCUCAUGACUGAUGAAGCUCACCGUGUGUCAGUUACGGAAACAUAACAAAGACGGAUCUGAGGACCCCGAGGACCCAUAAAUACCUGGCAGUGGUGGAGUUUAACACUUAAUACUUACUUACCAGACAUAAUGGUCUGUCUGGUUUCAUGUAAAGCUUAGUGGUUGUGUCUGUGAGCUGCUGAAUGCUGAACACUUUUCUAAAUGUUGGACCAUUUCCUGGUCAAAAAUAUAAUGUUCUUUGUCAUGGGUUUCAGUUGAUGAACUAUGGGAGCUUGAAGCUCCGGCUCUCAGGAGGGCUUUUGUGGUGUCAGUAUGGAUGGAGUAGCUUCUGGCUCAUUAUUACCACUAGAAAUACUGGAUUUUUUAUUUUCUGGUGCAGGUCCCAAGGUGUGAUUCCCCCCUAUUGAGAUUUUCACAGUUCUUCAGCCCUGCUUUUGUUGUGCAAACGGCUCCAUCACCUGUGAGGCCUGGCUCAUUUGCAUUUGUUCACUCAGAGUAGCUCAGAUCCAAGGCAGGCCAAACUUCUGUCUGUGACGGAAACUUUCAAGGCCUAUCUAUACAAAAUAGUCUGUUUAUUUCAAAUUAAAAAAUUGUGUGCUGUUUGUCAUUACCAUAGUACAUAUCAUAUUUAUAUAACCCUUGUACAGACCUGGGGUCUAUUUGAUUCAUCUGGAAAGUAUAAUGUGUCUUAACUUGGGUUUCCUUCCACAUAUUUGCCUGAAAUUUACCAAGAUUGUUCCAAAUUAUGAACUCUGCAAGUAAAAUUAAUCUUGUCCUCCCGGGUCAAUUUGACCCGGGCACAUUUAGUGGGGCAAUAGGUCACACUUUUACCCUUUUCAGCGCAAUGAACAUACAUACCUGUACAGACACAAAAAUGCACACAUAAAAUGUCCACUAACACACGCACCCAAAACACACACACACACACACACACACACAAAUUGGGCAUUGCAUCUCAUUAGGCCUCCAGAAAAAAAAGCUACACAUUUAAGCUGAUCACACAGAAUGGUGAUCAUUGUAGAAUUUUUACUUUAUAAGCAUUAUAUAUAUACAAUAAAUAAAACAAUGGAGCUGUAGGGGUGCUGGUAGGUGUGAGGUCCAAAGAUUUUACGCAAAAUUGCGCAGGUUUAGCAAAACUAGUGUUAAAGUUAGGUGCAGUUUUGUUGGAUGGACCCAUAAACCCCAAAUACCUACCAGGGGUGGAGUUUAACACCUGAUUAAAUACUUACUGUUACCCAA